UCUAUUCUAGACACACACGCUGACGCUCCCUGCUGCAUUCCGUUUCCGAGUGAGUCUAGUCUCUUCUCCACCACCACCUUCAUGCUCUCCACGUGAACCGCUUCUAACACUUUUUACCAUAAAUAGCCUCACACUUUCCCUCCGCCAAAAUUUUCCACCUUCCAUUUCAGACCUCCAAUUCCAAUUCAACUCGAAUCUCCGAUGGACUCCACCGCCAGCCUCCGGCAAUCCUCCUCGUCCGCCGCGGCGGAGGAGAUGAUGGAGAUGGAGAUGGAGACCAAGCCAUUGCUUACCAAGUUCCUGACCUAUCCUCCUCCGGUUGCUGCCCAGCGUCGCCGUGCCAAACUCGGCUCGUCUUCGCUGGCCACGCCGCGUCCUAGCCGGCAGAAUUCGUUCGGCCGGGAUAUAGGUCACGCGGCCAAGGAGACCUACUUGAUUACUAGCCUCAGCUUCACGCUCCUUCAAUACCUCGGGGUAGGCUACCGGUGGAUCACAAGAUUACUUGCUCUUGCUUGUUAUGCCAUGUUACUUAUGCCGGGAUUUCUUCAAGUUGCAUAUUGUUAUUACUUUUCAAGCCACGUCCGGCGUAGUAUUGUUUAUGGAGAUCAACCAAGAAAUAGGUUGGAUCUAUAUUUACCAACAAAUACUGAUGUGAAAAAGCCAGUUGUUGUGUUUGUAACUGGUGGAGCCUGGAUUAUUGGGUAUAAAGCAUGGGGUUCUCUUUUAGGUCUGCAGUUGGCUGAAAGAAACAUCAUAGUGGCAUGUGUUGAUUACAGAAAUUUUCCCCAGGGUACCAUCAGUGAUAUGGUUGAAGAUGCUUCUCAGGGUAUAUCAUAUAUCUGCAACAAUAUAGCAGACUAUGGAGGUGACCCUGACAGAAUCUAUCUAAUGGGGCAAUCUGCUGGUGCGCAUAUUUCUUCUUGUGCUCUCUUGGAGCAAGCAAUCAAAGAAUCUAAGAAGGAAGAGAUCAUUUCUUGGAGCGUCUCUCAGAUAAAGGCUUACUUUGGUUUAUCUGGCGGGUAUAAUUUAUUUAAUUUAGUUGAUCAUUUUGAUAGUCGUGGACUGUAUCGAUCCAUUUUCUUAAGCAUUAUGGAAGGUGAAGAAUCCUUCCAUCAAUUCUCUCCUGAAGUUAGAGUACAGGACCCAAACAAUAUAGAUGCUGUUUCUAUCUUGCCUCCUAUCACUCUGUUCCAUGGAACUGCAGAUUAUUCGAUACCAUCAGAUGCCAGUAAAAUUUUUGUAGAUGUUCUUCAAAGGUUAGGAGCUAAAGCUGACUUGGUACUAUAUGAUGGAAAGACGCAUACAGACUUGUUUCUUCAAGAUCCCUUAAGAGGUGGUAAAGACGAAAUGUUUGACCAAAUAGUUGCUGUAAUACAUGCCGAUGAUAAGGAAGCUCUUGAGCAAGAUGCUGUGGCACCUCCUAGAAGACGCCUUGUUCCUGAGAUCUUGUUGAAGUUGGCACGCAACAUCAGCCCCUUUUAGGCCUCACACUUGUCAUUGUUCAUCACCAGUUAGGUUGACAGAAAGCAGAGGAUAUUCAAUCAGUUGGUGGAGAGGUCCAAAUCAUUUUGGAUAGCGACUACGAUGAGGUGGUCCAUUGGUUGAAAUUUACAGAUGAGUGGUCUCAGAAUAUAAUCUGGAGAUCUAUACUCGUAAUCUAAUUCUUUGACAUAGUAGAGAAUUCGCAAUUGUUCAUGUCGUUGUAUUAAACCAGUUUUACUUCUCAGCAUUAUCAUUUCCAAAAAUCCACGAGGAAUAUAUCAUUUUCGUAAUCUGAAGAUGGAAAUAUUGAACACA